AUGGACGCCUCCUCCCUCCGCAUCUCCAAGUUCGAUGGAACUAACUUCCACGCCUGGAAGUUCAAGAUGCAGAUGGUGCUGGAGGAACGGGACCUAUGGGAGGUCGUCAGCGGUGAGAUCAAGGCGGAACAGUGCGAGACUCCAGUUGGACCAAGCGACGUACAAGAGGAAGUCAAGAAAGGCGAUGGCAGUGAUCUGUCUGGCCAUGGAAGAUUCCCAGCUACCGUUGGUCCGGUCGGCAAGUGGUGCAUGCGACGCAUGGUCAAGCUCAAGACGCUGGCGGAACAGCUAGAAGCGGUGGGGGCUCCAGUCUGCGAGGACGAUCUGGUGAUCACACUCCUCGGCAGCCUGAGUGACUCGUAUCAAUUCUUGAUCACAGCUUUGGAGUCGCGCUCAGACACUCUUAGCUGGGAGCUCGUGACGUCUCGACUGCUUCAUGAAGAAAGUGAAGCGGAAGGAGCAAGGAAGUAA